AACGGUUUGCAGGAAGCGGAAGUGUCACUGCAAGCGGAAGAGGUUUAGCCCAGAACAACCGAAGAGCGACGCGGAGGACGGGGACCCAAUUUGUGUCUUUUUAACGAUUAAAGUCAGAGCAAACGCCGUUUAUAACUCUAAAAAUGGACAAGAGUGACCUGGUGCAGAAAGCCAAGCUUGCCGAGCAGGCCGAGCGCUAUGAUGACAUGGCAGCCGCUAUGAAGGCUGUUACCGAGGGCGGCGUGGAGCUCUCCAAUGAAGAGCGCAACCUGCUCUCUGUGGCGUACAAGAACGUGGUGGGCGCCCGUCGCUCCUCCUGGCGUGUGAUCUCCAGCAUCGAGCAGAAGACAGAGGGGAACGAGAAGAAGCAACAGAUGGCACGUGAGUAUCGUGAAAAGAUCGAGACUGAACUGCAGGACAUCUGCAAUGAUGUGCUGGGUCUUUUGGAGAAGUUCCUCAUUCCCAAUGCUUCUCAGGCAGAGAGCAAGGUGUUUUACCUGAAAAUGAAAGGCGAUUACUUCAGAUACUUAUCUGAGGUCGCGUCUGGAGAAUCCAAGACCACCACGGUUGAGAACUCUCAGAAGGCUUACCAAGAUGCUUUUGAGAUAAGUAAGAAGGAAAUGCAGCCUACACACCCUAUACGGUUGGGUCUUGCCCUCAACUUUUCCGUUUUUUACUACGAGAUCCUCAACUCUCCUGAGAAUGCCUGUCACCUCGCUAAGACGGCUUUUGAUGAAGCCAUUGCUGAGCUUGACACUUUAAAUGAGGACUCCUACAAAGACAGCACCUUGAUCAUGCAGCUUCUAAGGGACAACCUCACUCUUUGGACGUCAGAAAACCAGGGUGACGAAGCAGGCGACAAUGAGAACUAGGGGAGCAGCACUGAUUUCCAAACACCUACACACA